ACGCGCAUUGCCAAUCUGGAUUUGUUCCGUAUAGACCCUGAUGCGUUCGCCAAACGAAUUCAACUUUUACUGGCGUGUUCAACCACGCGAGUGGACGAUCCCCAAUACCCAGAUAGCGUGGUAAUCCAAGCUCAAGGUACACAUAUAGUGGCCCUAUCUACAUUGCUAGCGGAUACCUAUGGAAUUUCCAAACGAAUGAUUCGAGGAUUCACAGAUCCGCCGAAAAAGAAGAGCAAGAAGUGA